CCGGGCACCGCCUCGCGUGGGGCGGGGGUGGCGGCGCCGCGGCAGCGGACUGCAGCGGCGAGCGCGCUGACAGCCGGAGCUGGCCCCGCUGGCCUGUGCCCCGCGUUGCUCCCGCCGCCAUGUCGGGCAAGGACCGCAUCGAGAUCUUCCCCUCGCGGAUGGCUCAGACCAUCAUGAAAGCUCGUUUGAAAGGAGCCCAAACAGGUCGUAACCUCCUGAAGAAAAAAUCUGAUGCUUUGACACUUCGAUUCAGGCAGAUCCUUAAGAAAAUUAUCGAGACUAAGAUGCUGAUGGGUGAGGUGAUGAGAGAAGCUGCUUUUUCACUUGCUGAGGCAAAGUUUACAGCAGGAGAUUUCAGUACUACUGUGAUCCAAAAUGUGAACAAAGCUCAAGUCAAGGUCAGAGCUAAAAAAGACAAUGUAGCAGGUGUAACCUUGCCAGUUUUUGAGCAUUACCAGGAAGGAGGAGACAGCUAUGAACUGACUGGCUUGGCCAGAGGUGGAGAGCAGCUGGCUAAGCUGAAAAGAAACUAUGCCAAAGCUGUGGAGCUGCUUGUGGAACUGGCCUCCUUACAGACUUCCUUCGUUACUUUGGAUGAAGCCAUUAAAAUAACAAACAGACGUGUGAAUGCAAUUGAACAUGUGAUUAUUCCUAGGAUUGAACGUACUCUUUCUUACAUCAUCACAGAACUGGAUGAACGAGAACGAGAGGAAUUCUACAGGUUAAAGAAGAUCCAGGAAAAGAAAAAAGUAUUGAAAGAAAAAUCUGAAAAAGAACGGGACCUGCGGAAGGCUGCUGGUAUGGAGCAUGAACCAGCCAACCUCCUAGCAGAGGAGAAGGACGAAGACCUUCUCUUUGAGUAACCUAGCACAGUUGCUGUCUAUGAAGCAGGGGACCCAGAACAGAGAAUGUCCAAUUGCAAUAUAAUUCAGGAUGUUUUGCCUCAAUGAUACUUAUGUGGCUUCUCAGUUGGUGUUUAAGUCUCAAGUUGGAUUGUGGAUUUCUCCUGGGAGAUUAGAAAUCUGGGAACUUGACUGCAGCAUAGGAGGAAAAGGAGAGAUGAGCCAGGCUUUAUUAUUAGGAAAGCCUUCUAUUGCCUGUUCAGCCUGUUUUUUUCGCUUAGUAGGGAUGACUGUCCAUAGCUGUGUUUUGUGCAGGACAGCCCUUGCUUUGCCCAAUCAGAUUCCUCUUUAAUUACUCUCCUUCCUUACGCAAGCAGCGGAAAAUGUUAUUUAGGGAGGGAGAUAUAUGUAAUAUUCUUCACUGCUGAACUGUUAAGCAACUGAGCGAAUUGCUUAAAGCGGGUAUUGUCAGGGCUGAAAUCAAGUGUCAGUAGAGGCAACUCUGGUUUUCUAAACUGUUGAUGAAAUCUACAGUCUUCUCUGAUUUAUUUUUGUUGCACGAUUGUUAACAUUGGCCUAAAACAUCUAUGGUUCUAAUUAGAGGUUCUGCCAACUUGUGUACUGUCUGUGCUAGCAAAAAGUAAAAAUGUUCUGUUCAAUA